AUGCAGAUUCCGAAAUUGGACAAGAUUACACUGAAUAUCGGUGUUGGUAUAGCAAUUCAGAAUCCAAGUGCAUUGGAAGAUGCCGUAGAAGAACUGACACUUAUUGCGGGCCAACGCGCGGUGAUCACCCGUGCGAAAAAGUCCAUCUCUGCAUUCAAAAUCAGAGGUCCAUCAAAGUUAGGACGGACUCCCGGCAUGGCAAUCGGAUGUAAGGUUACACUGCGGCAGCACAAGAUGUAUGAAUUUCUCAAUCGCUUAAUCAACGUCGUGCUACCCCAAAUUCGGGACUUCCGUGGGAUAUCACCCGACGCUUUUGACGGACGAGGCAACUAUUCCCUGGGUCUCACGGAACAGUUAAUCUUUCCCGAAAUUGAUUACGACAAGGUUAACGAUAUUCGCGGAAUGAAUGUAACCGUUGUUACUACCGCCCCAACUGACGAAGAAGGUCACGAGUUGCUAAGUCUUUUAGGAAUGCCUUUCCGGAAAUAG